AUGUCGGAGACAGUUGAUGAUCCACCGAAGCUGGUGGUGGUGAAGCCCGACCAGGUGAAGCCAACCAGCGAGGAUGACAAAGCUUCAGCCACCACCACCAUCGACGAGGCCACACCUGAGCAGGAUGAGGAGGAGGGAGCCGCGCAAUCUGAACCGCCGAGUUCUUCAUUUGGCGGUUGGUUCUCCAGUAUGGUUCAGACGGCCAAGGAUACCGUGAGCAAGUCUGCUGGAAGCACUCUGGAGAAUAUCAAACGCGACCUGAGCGAGCUGAAGGACGCCGUGCAGACGGACGCCACCAGCAUGAUGUACUCCACGGCGUCAAUCGUGAAGAGCAAACUGAAUGAGAUCGGCAAUACCGUCAAUGAGAUUGGCAGUCUGGGAACAAAUGAGGUGGACGAUGAGGACGCUGAUGAAGAAGAAGGGCUGCUGGAAAAGGCGGCCGGCAAAGGCGCAAAUGAAGACGAGGGAGCUGAAGUGGACGACCAGAAGAAGAAGAAGAAGAAGUCUGGCCGUUCUACUACCACCAACAAAAAGUCGCCAAGCACAAGCAAAAAGGCGUCAGUAUCUUCGGUGGCGGCGGGGGAGAGCACUGAAGGUGAGAAGGCGGAAAAUGAGAAGGAGGAGGAGGAAGGAGGAGACGGCGAGUCGCCCUUCCCGAACACCCUCGACACACUGAACAACUGGACCAACAUUCUGACGGACCGCGCCAAGUCUACCAUCAGCCUGGUCCGGGAGACGCUGGUCGAGUCGAUCUUCGUCAGCGGCCGCGAUGACCUCCUGCUCGAUGAGGAGGAGCCCUUUGUGCUGAAGGACGGCCAGGUGGUGCCGAUUGAAAACUGGAAGGCGCUGCUGCACGGCCUGCAGAUCAACCCGGACACCUACUGUCGCGAGCCCAGUGGCCCGCCGGAGGAGUUCGACCUGUGGCUGACCCGCUUCAACCUGAUCAACUACCAGAAGCAGAUGGAGCACCUGCUGGACGCCGUGCCGGAGGUGCUGAAGCUGCACACCAACCUGGUGCCGCGGCAGCUCUCCGACUCGGACUUCUGGCACCGGUACUACUACAAGGUGCACCAGCUGAGGGAGGUGCAGAAGGAGUUGAUCCUCCAGAGCAGUGAAACGACCUCGAGUAAUGAAACCUCUGCUGCUGCUGCUGCUGCUGCCCCUUCCAGCAAGAAACAUCCCAACAGCUCCAAUGUAAACAUCAGGUACCUGAACGAAAAGUCGACUGGUGGUGGUGGUAGUAGUGGCGAUGCCAGCCGAGCGGACAGCGACUCGAAGAUAUCACGCUCCAGCACUGAGGACUGGGAGAAGAUGACCGACCGAGAUGAGCAACAGACGGUGGCGGCAGACAAGAGCUCUCGCGGCUCCAGCGACGAGGACCGGGACUGGGUCAAGUACGACUGA